AGCUCAAGGCUGCGGAGGGGAGCGGAGCUGAGCGGCUGGGCGGGCCUGGCCAGGCCAGCGGAGAGGAGACGUCGGUCGAGCGGCGGCGAACAUGCACUUUUGACACAUUGGAGGCUUUCUUGACCAUGGAUGGUGAAGAUAUACCAGAUUUUUCAAGUUUAAAGGAGGAAACUGCUUAUUGGAAGGAACUUUCCUUGAAGUAUAAACAAAGCUUCCAGGAGGCUCGGGAUGAGCUAGUUGAAUUCCAGGAAGGAAGCAGAGAAUUAGAAGCAGAGUUGGAGGCACAGUUAGUACAGGCUGAACAAAGAAAUAGAGACUUGCAAGCUGAUAACCAAAGAUUGAAGUAUGAAGUGGAAGCAUUAAAGGAGAAACUGGAGCAUCAGUAUGCACAGAGCUACAAGCAGGUCUCAGUAUUAGAAGAUGAUUUAAGUCAGACUCGGGCCAUUAAGGAGCAGCUACACAAGUAUGUGAGAGAGCUGGAGCAGGCCAACGAUGACCUGGAGCGAGCAAAAAGGGCAACAAUAGUUUCGCUGGAAGACUUUGAACAAAGGCUAAAUCAAGCCAUUGAACGAAAUGCAUUUUUAGAAAGUGAACUUGAUGAAAAGGAAUCUUUGUUGGUCUCUGUACAGAGGUUAAAGGAUGAAGCAAGAGAUUUAAGACAAGAACUAGCUGUUCGGAGACAGCAGGAAGUAACUAGAGAGUCGGCUCCCAGUUCUCCAACUCUAGACUGUGAAAAGAUGGAUUCUGCUGUCCAAGCAUCACUUUCUUUGCCAGCUACUCCUAUUGGCAAAAGCACAGAGAACAGUUUUCCUUCACCAAAAGCUAUACCAAACGGUUUUGGUACCAGUCCACUGACUCCUUCAGCUAGGAUAUCAGCACUAAACAUCGUGGGGGACCUCUUACGGAAAGUAGGGGCUUUAGAAUCCAAAUUAGCAGCUUGCAGGAAUUUUGCAAAGGACCAAGCAUCACGAAAAUCCUAUAUUUCAGGGAAUGUUAACUGUGGGGUGAUGAAUAGCAACGGCACGAAGUUCUCUCGAUCAGGGCACACGUCUUUCUUCGACAAAGGGGCAGUAAACGGCUUUGACCCGGCUUCUCCUCCUCCCGGUCUGGGCUCCUCGCGCCCGACGUCGGCACCAGGUAUGCUGCCUCUCAGCGCGUGAGUGCCCGGCCUCCAGGUUGGGGCUCCCGCCCUCCUGCAACAACCCAGGACACCCACGCCUCACCCCUCAGUGCCCGGGCCCAGCUCGUGCCCCUCCGUCUGCCUCCCCACGG